UGUUGAAGAAAAGUGUCAUUUGUAGUAUUAUUUCAAGGCUCGGUUGCAUUAUGGCAAAGACGAGUAUGCUAAUAUCAUGAUCAUACUAGGCAUUUCGGGAAUAAUGUCGCAGAUGAUUUUAAUGCCGACAUUGAUUCCCUAUUUUGGAGAGUAUAAGUUGUUAUCUUUCAGUUUAUUUGCUGGAUUCUUAUCGAUGUUAAUCGACAGCAUAACAUGGGCUCAAUGGGUUCCUUACAUAGUUUCUAUGUUUUCGAUCUUUCAUAUUAUGGAGACCCCUUGUCUAAGAAGCAUUGUCUCUAAACAAUUUGGACGUGAUGAACAGGGAAUGGCUCAAGGAUGCAUUUCAAGCAUAACUUCUUUUGCCAACAUUAUCUCUCCCUUGAUUUUCAGUCCUUUAACAGAUCUAUUCCUGUCGGAUAAAGCGCCGUUUUACUACCCGGGUUUUAAUUUCCUAUGCAUGGCAAUUGGGAUGGUAAUAAUUUCCUAUAUAAUUUCAUUUUUAAGUAGUUGUGUUCAUUUAAAUUUGGUUUUGUGUGCAGCUUAUAGCGUUCAUUCCUAGCCUAUUCAUCAGGUUGGACGCAACUGUUUCAAGCGAAAACAAUGUUGACCGCAAUGAUCCCUAGUUAAAUUAAAGGGAUGUUAGGUUUAGAAUGAUCUCUUAAACUCGAGUUUUUUUUCCCUAUUUUUAAGAAUUUUUAAUGAAAUGACACUAGGUAGUUUUUUGCCCAAAAAAAUUGUAUAAAUUGAUGAAUAUCUCUUGUUUAUGACAUUAAUUACACUAAUGUUUCACCCUACUUUCAUAAUAUUUGGAUUAAUUGCUCG